UUCAGUUCAUGAAUGUAUACAAAAUAAAAAAAGCGCCGAAUUUAUGUUUUUUUACGUAAAGCGCAAGGAAUUAAUAAUAUAAAUGAAUACUAACGUGGUAGCAAACGUUGAAGAGAAGCCUGCGGUGGGCGAUGAACUUCCAUUCUUGCCCGAACAGUUUCCGGGAAAGGUGUGCUGUUUAUGCAAUCUCGGAGAAAGAAGUGCCUUGGGCCAGGGGACGAUUCUCCAACUAAAGGCUCCCGCGGACAUCAAAGAUGAAUAUCCACCUGAUCGGCUGACAGAAGAUGGGAGUAGACCGUUUUAUGGCUCCAAACAGGAAGGCAUUUACACGGCCGAGAGCAACUAUGAGUUGGACAAAAUCGGCCAAGCAGAGAUAGUGCAUCCUUCACAGUUCCUCGACGAGGGCUUCGUUUAUGUGCAUCGAAUGUGUGUAAUGUGGUCAAUGCGCAAAAGCCAGAUGACUGACUUGGAUGCUGCAUAUUUUGUGAACCAUAUUGGCGAGUUCUUAGAACAGAAAUGCAAUUUCUGUGGCCGAUAUGGAGCCUCCAUUAAUUGCAAGAUGAACUGCCGCCAAGUUCAUCAUUGGCCGUGUGCCGCUGCCGCUGGAUGUCUGCUAAUAUUGGAGAGCUUUACAGUAUUUUGUACAGAGCAUUUGAGCCAAGUGCCUUUGAUAUGUAGUGACAAUAACGUUGAGUGUCUAUCAUGUUCUUCGCUGGGGGAUCUAUCGAAGCUGAUUAUGUGUAGCACCUGUGGAGACCAUUUCCAUUCGACCUGCAUCGGUUUGGCCAACAUGCCAGACACCCGUUCUGGAUGGAACUGUGCUCGCUGUACCAAAUGCCAAAUUUGUCGACAGCAAGAUUCAAAUGAUUUGAAAUACGUGAAAUGUGAGCAGUGUCAAAAGAUAUAUCACGCCUCGUGUUUUCGGCCCGUAAUCUCAGCAAUUCCGAAAUAUGGAUGGAAAUGCAAUCGCUGUCGAGUUUGCACGGACUGUGGAUCUAGGACUCCUGGUGGUGGUAGCUCCUCUCGUUGGCAUAGCCACUACACUAUCUGCGACUCUUGUUAUCAACAGCGAAAUAAAGGAUUUUCAUGCCCGAUUUGUCAAAAAGCAUAUAGAGCAGCAUCCCAUAAGGAAAUGGUGAAAUGUAGCUGGUGCCACAAAUUUGUACACAGUACGUGUGAUGAAGAAGCAGACCUUACGGCCUAUCACAAGAAAAAAGAACAGAAUCCGGACUAUGAUUACGUCUGUCCGAACUGCAAGCUAAAUUCCUCUGGCCCUGCCCAGCCUCAACAGUUGAUUGACUCGAUCGUGUUGACUGCCAUGGACUCGUCAGCAGAGCAGUUGAGUGUAAAAGACAUGGAACUUGUUGAUCCCUUAGAGAGCAAACCCAUUGCGGAGGUAUCCACUGAGGAUGUGCAGAAGAUGCCGCCCACUGGUAAAAAGAAGAUGUGUCUGUCAAACGUACGUGGAAAGAGUGGAAAAUUUGUUCUUCAGCGCAUGGGCGUUCUCUCGCAAAUAAACAAAAAACGCAGCACUCGUGGCAAAGGACGGACGAUUGUGCUGCCAAACCUUUCAAACGAUCGGUAUGUAAAUCGGAACAUCGAUGCGGACCUAACCAGCGACAAGAAAAUGGUAUUGUGCUCAAACCGAGAUAAGUUCACGCUGAAUCAGGAUAUUUGCGUCAUGUGCGGUUCAUUGGGUAUUGAAAGUGACUCUGUAAUGAUCACCUGCGCCCAGUGCGGCCAAUGCUAUCACUCGUAUUGUGCCAGUGUCAAGCCCUCCAAGGGAAUUCUACAGAAGGGUUGGCGUUGUCUAGACUGUACGGUGUGCGAGGGAUGUGGCAAGAAAAAUGACGAAGCGCGGCUGCUUCUGUGCGAUGAAUGUGAUAUUUCAUAUCACAUUUAUUGUGUCAAUCCCCCACUGGAGACUGUUCCCACUGGCAACUGGAAGUGCUCAUUCUGUACGCUAUGCCAAAAGUGCGGCGUGAAUCCCACGGAAAAGAGUGAUUAUGGCGACUCCAACAUGCCCGAGUGCCCCUCAUGUACCAGCCAGUCGGCUUGUUCAGUGUGUCGGAAUCCUUACAGUACGGGCGAAAUGAUAAUUCAAUGUGAAAACUGCGAGCUCUGGUCGCAUUUCCAGUGCGACUCCAUAAACGCUCAGCUCACCAUCGAGUACUAUGACCAGAAUGUCUACAAGUGCUUAAAGUGUCGUUGCUCUGGAAAGCCACCGCUGUCAUUGACCGAUGGAAAACCCGGUAGCUCCACCCAAACACAGUCCAAUAAGGUAUCGGCCCAUCCAAGCAGUGGAGCGGGUGGGUCAGAUGGAAAGAAUGCCAGUGGCUCGGAUCAAAGUCAAAUGACUUUGUCAAGCGAUCUGGUGGAGAUAACUCCAGAAGCUAUACAUUGGAUUGACGGUGUGUGCCUGAGUGAGAGUGGAUUAACCAUGAUAAAGUCCCUGUCCACUGAGAUCAAGCGCAAGAGAAAGAUGCGACAAACAAUUGGAAAUGGCAAGGACUCUCAGGGUGAUGCCGCGACUGCUGAGGAGGCUCAGUGCGAGAAGUACAAAGACGGCAUGGUCUGGGAUGGCACGGAGAAUCCCAUACCCGAGGGUUUCACCAUUACCACAAAUGACGAGGGUGUGCAUAUUUUGCGGAAGAAACGGCAGCGCAACUUGCAGAAAUUGGGAAUUGGCGGGUUCUCAGUUCGCAAUCGAGCUCUCAAAAAGGACAAUGAGGAUGCACCAGCAGCCGACCAGAUGAAUGCUAUUAUGGUUGUGGACAAAAAGAAGAAAAUAAUACGCAAAAAGCAGAAAAAUAAGCUAAUUGAAGCGUAUCCACCGUACUUGCAAGAAGCCUUUUUUGGAAAGCCUCUAUUGGAAUCGGGCGAUCUUGUGCUCGGAGAAUCAGACUCUUCUGAUGAAAUAGACGCAUCAAUGAAAAUGUAUUUUACGCGUGUCGAAGGCAAAAGCCCCGAUCAGGGCGAAGCUGCACCGGCGAAUAAGAGUCCUGCCAAGUCGUUGAAAAAGGUGAAAGCUGAGAAAAAUCCGCCUGAAAAUAAAAAUACCUUGACAGAGCAAAUAUCAAUUGGACCCGGACUCCAGCCGAAAACAGCGAAUGGAUCUACAGCAAACGUUUUUGAUCCUUCACAAUCUGAACUAACGAAUACUGUGCUGGCCAACCGGAAUCCCUUAGAUUCCUUGGCCUCGCCGAAUAUUUCAGAGUUGGACGGAAUGAAUACGUCUGUGAACUCGGUUACAUCAUCUGAAAAUAUGGAAAAACCAAUGCGCGAAUCACCUGUUGUGUUGGUCGAUAACUACGUAGUGCCUCAACAGAUUGUGCCGGAUCAGAAGUUCCACAAUCAGAUAUAUUUGCCGGGGAAUGUAGUUGCUAAUCCGCCUCAACAGCUGCACUAUCACCCACAGCCGGAUCAUUUGAGUGCAAAGAAUGCAAAUAAGCAGAAAAUGCAGAGCAUGAUGGGUCAAGUGUGUUUGCAGACCGAAAAGAGAGUCGAGGAAGAGCACAAGCCUGUGGAGCCUGUCACAGAAAGUUUGAAUGCUGGGACACAGAAAACCGCUGAAAAAAUGCGCAAGGACGAGGAUCUUGGUCUAAUGGCAACCAUUUCGGCUGUACUAUAUGCCAAUACUGAGCAUCCGAAUCUGAAGGAUUUGUUUCCCAACUGGAAUGAUCGGUGUAAACAAAUUCUAAAAAGAUGGCGCUCCUUGUGCAACGAAAAAAAGGCGCCGUUCUUGCAAAAAGCAAAGGAUAACCGCUCGGCAUUAAGGCAGAGGCGUGAACAAAACAAGAUCCCUCUGCCAACAAAGCCCCAAAAGCAAGAAGACAUUGGACGACAAUGGAAGCAUCAAAGUAAAUUAAAAGAGGAGCAGUCGAAUAUGUUUGUCACUUAUAAUGGCAAUCAAUAUGACUCGUGCUAUGUGGGCGGCCCGACGCCAGUCGCAGUUAAUCCGCAUCUUGCGACCCCAAGCAUAAAUGAAACUCUUGUGGUCAAGGCCCCGAUGCAAAGAGCAAUUGUUCAUGCAUCAGCAGCAUCAACAUCAACCACUGUGAAAAUGUCCACAGUAGACAAUCGAUUGGAGUUGAAUUCUGUUUAUGGAACCGAGCCAAUUGGAGACAAAAAGCUAAGGAAUCUAUUGCAGAAAAAUAGUUCAGAACCUAUGCUCAUGGGAUCUAAUUCUGAAUUAUUUUUACAAAAUGAUGUUCUGCGGAUGGGCAUGAUGUCGAAUACACCCCUAACACAGAACAAUCCGAUGCUAAGCGUAAGUGGAAAAGCUCCGCCAACGGAUGGCAGGACCCUAGAGCAAGAUGUGAAGAUGAACGAGUCGCAGGAGGGCACAGCUUCUGCUGUAGAAUUGGAAAAUGUUGGAUUCGGUGAUCUUUUGGGGGGGCUGGGUGAAGGCGAUGAUGAUGAUUUACUGAAAUCGCUAACCUCCGAAAUAGGCGAUGACUUUAAUAUUCUUGAGUAUGCGGACCCAGAACUAGACGUUAAUGUACUGAACACAUUAGACUUUGAUGACAAUGAAAAAUGUUCUGCAUAAAUAUGAAUGUAUGUAUGAUCAAACCAAGAGGGAAAUGCUAAUGAAUAGCCGACAAAAAUUGAGAUACGAGAUUUAAAAAGAUAUUGUUGGUGGUAAUGUUACUUAUAUAUCAUGUUUUUCUGCAAAUUUUUAAAUAAAACCGCUUAUUAA